AUAGUUUCACAGGAAGCCUAGGCAAUCUAAUUUCCAUCAUUCAUUCACACCUUAGUUUAUCAUGUUAAUCCUGGAGCUCAGAAACCCAGUAAAGCGAGAACAGGAGCUGGAAGGUGCACAGGAAAAACUGGGAAAGAGAAAGGAAAGACUGAAACCGGGAGAAGAAGUUUGAAGAAGUACUUCUCUGCUUGAGAAUCAGAAAAAGAUGGAAGUCUGAGUUCAGGCUCGCAUGCCUCUUAUCAUGACCAGAUCUCACACUGGAGAUGGGAGAAAAUCUGGAAGAAGAUGAACAGUGGUGUUUCUGAUGGCACUUAUGCCUGGAGUGGCCCCCCUGAAAAGUCCAUUGAGGCGAGGCUGGAUGCACUGGAGAGUGGCGAAGGGGAGGCAACUGGAGCAAUGGAGAAUGCCAGCCGGAACGCCUUGGAUGCAGAUGUCGGGUCUUUUGGUGAGUCCGAUUGGGGAUGGUGCUAUCCACCCUGGGCAGGGCACCUGGCUAGCGUGUGUGGGGGGGUGCCAGCAUGGCCAGUAGGGCUAGGUUACUCAGCACCCCCAGUCUCAGGGACAGGUGGGGCGCCUGAGAAGAAGGCAGAACCUGAGAAGAAGGCAGAACCGGAACCAGCCACACGACUGCAGCAGCUCACACCCUGGGAGCAGAAGUGGCAGAGUGGUAAGGUGGCCAGUGCAGACCCAGGGUGGUUAUCUGAGGGCAAAGAAACAGUGGCUACAAAUGAUAAGAUUGACCAUUACCCACAGGGGGAGGUGUCCCUGCCCCUGGGCGAUCACUUGUUGCUCGCCACAAAAGAAAAGAUAUGGAGGAACGAAUUUGUUGAUAUGUUCUCAUUACUGUUUCGGGAAACAGAACCCAGAGAGGGGGAGAAAGGGGACCGGAGGGACAGAGAAAGAAUCAGGUACAAAACAGUUGACCGUAACUGGUCUAACUGGCUGGCCGGGUACAUGGUGUACAUGGGGGUGGUGCUGCAGAAACAGCCAGCACGGGGAGCAUCUAUGGUGAAGUAUUUGGACAUCAUAUACCACGCAUUCUCGGAGUACAGUGGGCCCGCGUGGGCUCGCUACGACGAGGCCUUUAGGCGACACUCAGCCAUGAACCCGGAGCUCCCGUGGGAUUGUCAGCACCAACAACUCUGGAUGAGGAUCAUGGGCCCCAACCGACCUGGGGGUGGGGAAUUCUCGGACAGUGGACACUUCAUAGUAAAAUCUGCUGCCACACCCGCCAAGGGCCAGAUGCCUGGUGUGGCGGGACAGUUUCGUCAGCCUUGCUGGGAAUUUGCAUCAACAGGGACUUGCUCGCGCCGCCCAUGUCGUUUUCGACACGCAUGCACCAUUUGCGAAGGCGCUCACUCAUUUAACUUCUGUCCAAAGGGCCGCUGGCCCCGGCCCGGCCCCAAAGAUGGGCCUGCCGCCAGAAAAGGUGGUAGCCCCGCUCCGGCAAAAGGGACCUAGCCCCAUAAGGCUGGGUCCGUUGUUGCAGCUGCUGCAACAAUACCCAAUAGUGCAGGAUAGGGACUAUCUGGGGGAAGGGUUUCAAAGGGGUUUUCGGAUACCUUAUCAGGGUCCCAGGGUUAGUUCCUGGGCAGAAAAUUUGCGUUCAGUUAAGGGGUUGGAGCAGGUUGUAAGGGAAAAAAUUGACAAAGAAGUACAGGAAGGGAGGGUGCUAGGCCCCUUCCCUCGGCCGCCCUUGCCCAGCUUUAGGGUUUCCCCUCUGGGGGUGGUGCCUAAGAAGGCAAAAGGGGAGUACCGUUUGAUCCAUCACCUUUCCUUCCCUGCUGGAGGAUCAGUUAAUGAUGCCAUACCUCACCAGCUGUGUUCUGUUAAGUACACAACUUUUGAGGCAGCAGUGGAGAUGGUUCGAGAGCAGGGCAAGGGCGCGUUGAUGGGGAAGUGUGAUAUCAAGUCAGCCUUCAGGCUCCUUCCAGUCCAUCCAGAUGACUUCGACCUCCUGGGUUUUGCUUUUGAAGGCGGCUACUAUAUUGAUAGGGCCCUGCCCAUGGGCUGUUCCAUCUCCUGUUCUGCCUUUGAGCGUUUCAGUUGUUUUUUGGAAUGGGCAGUCCGGGAGAGGGCGGGGCUCACCUCAGUAGUGCAUUAUUUAGAUGACUUUCUUUUUUGUUGCCCAGGGUCUUUAUCGACCUGCAAAUAUCUAAUGGACACGUUUCAGGGGCUGGCAAAGGAACUGGGCAUACCAUUGGCGCCGGAAAAAACAGAGGGUCCAACCACCCGGCUGGCCUUCCUCGGGAUUGAAAUAGAUACAGUGGCUCAGUGCUGCCGCUUGCCACCAGAGAAGGUCCUUGCUCUCGAGCAGCGCCUGGGGCAGCUGCUGGACGCCAGGAAGGUCACAUUGAGGGACUUACAGGUCAUAGUGGGACACUUGAACUUCGCAUGCAGGGUGAUUGCACCCGGCCGCGCCUUCCUUCGGAGACUCUGUGAUGCUACUAAGGGGCUUCGGGCCCCACAUCACCGGGUGCGUGUGACACAUGAGCUUAGAGAAGACGCUAGGAUGUGGGUGGAGUUCUUGAAGGACUUCAAUGGCGUUUCCCUGUGGCGGUCCAAAUUUCUACUAGAAGCAGAGCUUCAAGUCCAGUCCGAUGCAGCAGGGGGGCAUGGUUUUGGGCUUUUCUUCCGGGGACGGUGGUGCGCUUCCAGGUGGCCCCCAGACUGGGAAGAAAGGGGUGUGACACGAGAUAUGACAUUCCUUGAGUUCUUCCCGAUAGUGGUCGCAGUGCACAUCUGGGCCAGGGAUUUUGAAGAUAGGGCUGUCCAGUUCUGGUGUGAUAACAUGGCCACAGUGCAGGUGAUCAACUCGGGGACUUCCAGGAGUCCUCGGGUGAUGCACUUGGUUCGCUGCUUCACGCUGCAAUGCCUGCGCCACAACAUUCUUUUCACCGCACGGCACGUGCCGGGGCUGGAUAACAGCAUUGCGGAUGCGCUCUCUCGGAUGCAGGAGGAGCGCUUUCGAACUCUCGCCCCAGCAGCCAGGGAGCUUCCCGAAGUUUUUCCACUCCACCUAUGGAACCUUGGAUUCUAGAGGCAGAGGAGGCCAUUCGCCUAUCCCUAGCACCUAGCACAAGAGUGCGCUAUGCGUCGGCUAUCCAUGAGUUUCAUGCAUUUAGGGUUGACACAGGGCUGGAGGACCUAUGGCCCAUCCCAGUCGAGCACAUAAUGCGCUAUAGCACACAUUUACAUGGGAGGGGCUUGGCCACGGGGUCCAUUGGGGGUAAGUUGGCAGCUCUGGCUUUCCAGGCCAAAAUGAAGGGGUUCGCGGACUCCACCGCUGACUUCCGGGUGCGCAGAAUGCUCGAGGGAUGGGCGCGAGUAAACCCCUCUCAACCAGAUACGAGGGUCCCACUGGCGCCAACAACACUGCAACAGGUGCUCCCACUUUUUAACGAUAUUUGUUUUUCCAACUUUGAGGUACGGUUGCUCAGGGCUUCCUGCCUCGUGGCCUUCUUCGGUGCCCUGCGAAUCAGUGAGCUGGUCGCCUCCUCCAGGUCUGAUACAUCAGCGCGGGCCCUGCAGUGGGGGGAUGCCCGGGUAGAGAGGGACAAGGUGGAGUUGCGCCUGAGGCGGGCUAAGACCGACCAGAAGGGCAAGGGAGCCACCAUCACCCUGGCAGAGGGGACUGAUGAGGGCCUGUGCCCGGUGAGGGCCAUGAGGGAUUACAUGGCAGUGCGUGGGGAGGGAGAAGGCCAGUUGUUCCGUCAUGCGGAUGCUACGCCCUUGACGCGCUUCCAGUUCUGGGCUCUGGUCAAAGAGGCUUUGAGGAGGGCAGGCCUGGACCCGCGUGUUUAUGGCACCCACUCCUUUCGGAUAGGGGCAGCAUCUUCAGCGGCAGCCGCGGGGCUGACGGAAAAGCGGAUCCGGGCGUUGGGGAGGUGGUGUUCAUCCGCAUGUCGCCGCUACAUACGCCCACUGCCGAAGUGAUGGCCCACAAGAAGUAACACCCAAUUUUGUCUUACAGACUGUCAGGCACCUCCUUUGCCUUUGCGGAUACUCAUCUAUGGGCACAGCUAUGUGUUCUGGGCUAGUCGGCGAGCUCGGCAGACCAGCUUGGGUACCCAGUUGGGUCUGGCAGGAGCGGCGCAAGUGGAGUGGAUGGGCCGCCGAGGAAUGCUGUGGGACCUUUUCCUUCCACUUCUAGAUGAGUACAUCACGGCAAAGGGGGCACCGCACAUUUUGGUGGUACACCUGGGAGGCAACGACUUGGGUUUGUUGCAAGGCAGGGCCCUGAGCCUGCAGGCAAUCAAGGAUUUCCAGGGCCUGGCGGCCCGGUGGCCCGAGAUGCAGUUAGUCUGGUCUAACCUGCUCCCAAGGACACGCUGGAGGGGCCAAGGGGGCCCCCUGUGCUUCAAUAGGGCACGUAAAAAAGUCAAUAAGGCAGUUGGAAGAGCUAUUACCGCCUUAGGGGGGACAGUAAUACAGCACCCUGACAUACGAGUGCAGGAUGCGACCCUGUAUAGAGGGGACGGAGUCCAUCUCUCUGACCAGGGGAACGAGGUGUUCCUCCGGGACUUGCAACGUGGUCUCCAAGAGGUGCUAGCUGGGUGGGGAAAGCGGGGCUAAACAGAGGUUUGCCCCACUUCUGUGGCAGGAGAGUGCGGGUGUUGGGUAGGUAGAUUCAGGGAUCGGUGUUUGGCUGGAGGGCCAGUUGGGUGAGAGGGGUCAAGGAACAGCCUUUCAGGGCUUUGACGGCCCGUAAGGUUGGGAAUGGCCCCCACUCGGGGGGUGGGCGCGACUCACCGGCUCAGAGCUUUGACGGCUUGGGUUGGGGGUGUGGCGGACCACCCCCCCCUCGGCGGGGUAGACCCCCGCGGUGAGAGGAGGCCAGGACUUGGAGCCUGGCCAAAUCAGGACCCGGCCCUUCGCCCUGGUGUGGGGUGCUCUUCAUUAGGAAGGGCCACCACACGAGAGUAGUACCCGCACUCUAGUGUAUUGGGACCUCGUUGCAAGUGUCGUUACCUAUGUACAAUAAUAAAAGUGGCCCUUAUUUACUCCAACUAAUGGUGUCCUGUCUUCAUUGGGCGUCUGGGGGUGCAAUGCCGCUUCUCGCCUCCGUGUGAGGCGGGGGGCGGGGUUGUGCACCCGGCGCGAAGAAGCAGGCACGGAAGCGCCAUCUUGGCCCCCUCCAUGUGACGAGGGACUGUCCAAUCAGGAGGGGGCCGGGGAAACAGUGCAGCCCGGCAGCCAUCACAGAAGCAGUCUCUCCUCUGCCGGGCACCCACCCACCCUCCCGGUACUCAGUGAGGGAUAGCCGGUCGCCUACGGGGGCCAAGUAGGAAUUUUUUGGGUCGUGCCAGAUUGGCCGGGGCACGGCCUUUUUUCGCCUACUUCUCACUGAGGCUUAGGAGCUGGGCCACAGGUAGCCAUCGUUACCUAUGGUCCCCGGGUGGCAGGUAGGCAUUGAGAAUUGGUUGGUCACUUUGCAGGAGAGUGCGGGUGUUGGGUAGGUAGAUUCAGGGAUCGGUGUUUGGCUGGAGGGCCAGUUGGGUGAGGGGGGUCAAGGAACAGCCUUUCAGGGCUUUGACGGCCCGUAAGGUUGGGAAUGGCCCCCACUCGGGGGGUGGGCGCGACUCACCGGCUCAGAGCUUUGACGGCUUGGGUUGGGGGUGUGGCGGACCACCACCCCCUCGGCGGGGUAGACCCCCGCGGUGAGAGGAGGCCAGGACUUGGAGCCUGGCCAAAUCAGGACCCGGCCCUUCGCCCUGGUGUGGGGUGCUCUUCAUUAGGAAGGGCCACCACACGAGAGUAGUACCCGCACUCUAGUGUAUUGGGACCUCGUUGCAAGUGUCGUUACCUAUGUACAAUAAUAAAAGUGGCCCUUAUUUACUCCAA